GAACUUUCAAAAAUGGUAAUCCCCAGCAUAUAAACUGACAACUGUCACUAGCACACUCUACUGUUGUAUCAAUUACAGCCACAAUCCAAAGGCUUACUCGUGAUUUAAGAGGGACACAAUCUUUACAGAGAUGUGAAAUUAUUUUUUCAAGACAAAGCUCUUAAACUAAUAGGAUAAUCAUCUGUUUAGUCAAGCCCCAAACGCGAAAGGCAAAGUCUUUUCAGGUAAAGUCAUUGAUUAUGCUAAUAAUACAUUUAAACAGAUGUGCUGAUCUCAUGUGCUGUAUUUGAAAAUGCACGUUUCAGAAUCACUGGUUAUCAGCGAUGCCGAUUUCCAGCAAGAGGACGCCAACUUCCUGUCUCGGAGCGAGCGGUAUGAUGCGGCGGUGAGGAAGAGUGCCCAGAUGAUCCUGAAACUCCGAGAGUAUGGAAUCUCUGACCCGGAGGAGAUCUAUGCUUAUAAGAACUGUGUGCACCGCGGACGCCCCGAACCCCUGGACCUGCACCUAGGGAUGUUUCUGCCCACUCUCCUGAACCAGGCCACGCCUGAGCAGCAGGAGGCCUUCUUCAUGCCCGCCUGGAACCUGGAGAUCAUUGGCACCUACGCCCAGACCGAGAUGGGCCACGGAACCUUCAUCCGAGGUCUGGAGACCACCGCGACCUACGACCCUGCCACACAAGAGUUUGUCAUGAACAGCCCGACCAUCAGCUCCAUCAAAUGGUGGCCAGGUGGAUUGGGUAAGACGUCUAACCAUGCUAUAGUCCUGGCUCAACUCUACACCAAAGGGAUCUGCCACGGCCUCCAUGCCUUCAUCGUCCCCAUCCGCUCCAUGAGCACUCACGAGCCUCUUCCAGGUAUCGAAGUAGGAGAUAUCGGGCCCAAGUUUGGGUUCGAUGAAGUCGACAACGGUUACCUGAAGAUGGACAACGUGCGCAUUCCUCGUAUGAACAUGCUCAUGAAGUACGCCAAGGUUGAGCGGGAUGGGACGUACCAAAAGCCCCCGAGCGCCAAGCUGACGUACGGCACCAUGGUGUUCAUCCGGUCCAUGAUCGUGGGCGAGUCGUCCCGAGCGCUGUCUAAAGCCUGCACCAUCGCCAUCCGCUACAGCUCCGUCCGCCACCAGUCUGAGCUACGGCCUGGCGAGCCUGAGCCUCAGAUCCUGGACUACCAAACCCAACAGUACAAGCUCUUCCCCCUGCUCGCCACUGCCUACGCCUUCAAAUUCGUGGGCCAGUACAUGACAGAGACCUACCACCGCAUCACCGGCGACAUCAACCAGGGAGACUUCAGCGAGCUGCCCGAGCUGCACGCCCUCUCUGCGGGCCUGAAGGCCUUCACCACCUGGGUGGCCAACGGGGGCAUCGAGGUCUGCCGUAUGUCGUGUGGCGGCCACGGCUACUCGCGCUGCAGCAGUCUGCCCGACAUCUACGUCACCUUCACGCCGACCUGCACGUACGAGGGGGAGAACACGGUCAUGAUGCUGCAGACUGCCAGGUACCUGGUGAAGAGCUACAGGCAGGCGAGUACGGGUCAGCAGCUGUCGGGCAUCGUGUCCUACCUGAACGAGGCCCACCAGCGGCUGCAGGCCCAGCCCGUGUCGUCCCGCCCCACCGUGGUCAACAUCAGCGACCUGGCCAGCCUGGUGGAGGCCUACAAACUACGCGCCGCCAAGCUGGUGGAAGUGGCAGCCAAGAGCCUGCAGGGGGAGCUCCAGAAGAGCAGAAGCCCAGAGGACGCCUGGAACAACUCCUCCAUUGACCUCGUCCGGGCGUCUGAUGCCCAUUGCCACUAUGUGGUGGUGAAGCUGUUCGCUGCCAAGCUGGGCGAGAUCAGCGACACGGGGGUCCACUCGGCCCUCAGCACCCUGGCCCUGCUCUACGCCCUGCACGGGGUGGCCCAGAACUCAGGGGAUUUCCUGCAGGCUGGUUUGCUGACCGUGCCUCAGCUGUCCAGCGUGUCCCAGCGUCUGAAGGACAUCCUGGCCCAGGUGCGGACCAACGCCGUGGCGCUGGUGGAUGCCUUCGACUACCGCGACGAGAUGCUGAACUCCGUGCUCGGCCGCUACGACGGCAACAUCUACGAGCACAUGUUUGAGUGGGCCCGCAAGUCUCCCCUCAACCGCACAGAGGUCCACGAGUCAUACCACAAGUACCUGAAGCCUCUGCAGUCCAAACUCUAAGCCACGGCUGUGAGGAGGACCUCCCUUGGCCAUGCACUAACACAAUGGGCACUAACCCCAAGAUGGAGGUGGAACAUUUCACCCUAAGGAGGGGAGUCUGCACUCAGCAAUCAAAGAGGCGCAUAGCCUCCUCCGUGUCAUUUCAAAGGUCUGGUCAUCCACGCCCAGUGGGUUAAGACCCAUAGCUAGCCGUGCUGCUAGGGAUAGUACUUAACUGGCCGCAACUUAAAUACAUUUAUUCUGAUCGUCAUAGGUACUUACAACAGUAUUUCUUUCCUUUUUAGAAAAAAAAAUAAUGAAAGUUU